UAGAAUCGUGAUUGAUCGAACUUAGUUAACUGAAAUCACUCUAAAAUCAAAGGAUAAUCAGAAAAAAAAUAAAAUUCGGAUUUACCUCUCACAGAAAUCACUCUGCUUGGAGACUUUCACGAAUCCGUCAUCUGCAACUGUUCCGUGAAACUUCUCUCCAUCUGCAACUGCGCCGUCGUCUCCCUCUUCUUCGUCUACAACUGCUCCGUCGUCUCCUUCGUCUGUCUGCAACUCCUGGAAAAUGAAUCACCCUAAUAAUCAUGCAAAUGAUAUUGCUAAUCCGGAUGAUAAUGCUAAUCUGGAUGAGAUUGUUGAAAAUGAUCAUACUCCGUUGUGGAAGUAUGUCAAAAAGCUCGAAAAAGUGGGAAAAAAAGGAGGAGGGAAUGCUGAAUUCAAAUGCAAUUAUUGUCAGAAAACUUACAAAGGAUCAUACUCUAGGGUCAGGUUUCAUUUGUUAAAAAUGGCUGGAAACGGGGUCACACCUUGCAGCAAGGUUACUGAUGAAAAUCUUGCAUAAAUGAAAAAGUUAAUUCGGGAGUGUGAAUAUAAGCUGAAGAGUUCUGCUCCAAAGAAUGUUUCUUUGCCCAACACUGGUUCUUUUUGUUAUGAUCAACCUGAAGUGAAUCUUGAUCCAAAGAAGAGAAAAGGAACAAGUGGGCCUCUUAGUAAAGCUUUUAACAAGGAAGCUCGAGAUCAAUGUGAUGCUGAAGUCGCAAGGAUAUUUUAUACAGGUGGCUUAUCAUUUAACCUUGCAAGAAAUUCGCAUUAUCGAAACUCAUAUGUUCGAGCUUCUACACUUCCAGGGUAUGUUCCACCAGGUUACAAUGCACUAAGAACUACUCUUCUGCAACAAGAGAAGAGUCACAUUGAGCAAUGCCUCCAGCCAAUCAAGCGCACAUGGAGCACUAAAGGUGUAAGUUUGUGCAGUGAUGGGUGGACAGAUGCACAAAGGAGACCACUUAUUAAUAUUAUGGCAACUUGUGAAAGUGGGCCUAUGUUCUUGAGGGCAAUUAAUUGUGAAGGUGAAUAUAAAGACAAGUAUUGUAUUGCCAACUUCCUUACAGAAGCUAUUAAAGAAAUUGGUCAUGAAAAUGUUGUUCAAGUGAUCACUGACAAUGCUCCUGUCUGUAGAGCUGCUGGGUUACUUAUUGAGGCCCACUAUCCCCAUAUCUUUUGGACACCCUGUGUUGUUCACACUCUUAAUCUUGCUUUGAAGAGUAUAUGCUCUCCGAAACAAACAGAUGUUUCGUAUGAUGACUGCAAUUGGAUUUCAACUAUUGCAAGUGAUGUUUGGUCCAUAAAAAAUUUUAUUAUGAACCAUAGCAUGAGAUUGUCUAUGUUUAAUGAACAUUGCAAACUAAAGUUGCUCUCCAUUGCCGAAACAAGAUUUGCUUCCACACUUGUGAUGCUUAGAAGAUUUAAGGAAGUAAAGGAAGGUUUACAACAAAUGGUGAUUAGCCCGAAUUGGGCUUUGUACAAAGAAGAUGAUUUGGUUAAAGCAAUGACGGUGAAGCAAAAAAUAUUGGAUGAGUACUUUUGGGAGAAGAUUGAUUAUAUUCUUUUCUUUACAGCUCCAAUAUAUGAGGUUAUUAGAAUGGCUGACACAGAUAAACCUUGUCUUCAUUUGGUGUAUGAGUGGUGGGAUGCUAUGAUUGAAAAGGUGAAAGCUGCUAUCUACAGGAAUGAGCGCAAGGCAUUACAUGAAAAAAGCAGCUUUUUUGAUGCAGUGUAUCGCAUUUUAUUAGAGCGAUGGACUAAAAGUAGCACACCACUUCAUUGUUUGGCGCAUUCAUUAAAUCCAAGGUAUUAUAGUUCAGAAUGGCUCCAAGAAGACCCUAGUCGGGUUGCUCCACACCGAGAUGUUGAGCUUACAACUGAAAGGAAAAAGUGUUUUGAGAGAUACUUUUCCAAUGAGGAAAUUAGAAGAAGUAUCAAUGUGGAGUAUGCCUCUUUCUCUAUGUGCUUGAAUGACUUUGGAGCUAUUGAUUCUAUGAAUGAUAGGUUUCAUUUGGAACCAGUAAUGUGGUGGAUUGUCCAUGGAGCUUCUACACCUAGUCUCCAAUCCAUAGCGUUGAAGCUACUUGGACAACCUUGUUCCUCCUCUUGUUGUGAAAGAAAUUGGAGCACUUACAGUUUUAUUCACUCUCUAAGAAGGAACAAGAUUACACCACAAAGAGCCGAGGAUUUGGUAUUUGUGCAUAAUAAUCUUCGUCUUUUAUCAAGGAAUAGCGCAACCUACAAAGAAGGUAUUAGUCAAUUGUGGGAUGUUGGAGGAGAUGGCUUCGAAAACUUGGGUGAAGAAAGUGUCGGGAUGCUUGAUUUUGCUAACCUUUCACUUGAUGAACCGUCAUUGGAGACUACUUUGAUUACUGGAGGAGACAUCAUGAACGUGGAAGUUGAAUGAGACUUUUUUUUUUUGUUAAUUUCAUUUGGAUGUUCUUUUUACUUUUUCAAGUUUAAGACUAAUUGC